AUGUUUGGCACUGGGCAUUUGGUGUCUCCUCUGUCUUCUGCAGUCUUUCACUCUUCGGCUGCGCACUUCUUCCCGGCGUUUCCCAACAGGUUGACCUCACCGCAGAUCUUCAUCCCCGGGCCUCUGCUCAGCUACGAGCUCCUGCGCAGUUACCUGCAGCCCGAGCCCUGCAAACAGGCUCUGCUAUUGGCCGCUCAGUCCACAGGACAACAUGCUGAGAAUAUCGAUGAACCCCGGCCAGUGAAGGAGCGGCGAGCUCGGGCCAACUACAGCAGCUGGCAGCUGGAGGAGCUGGAGAAGGCCUUCGAGAGCACCCACUACCCAGACGUCUUCAUGAGAGAAGCCCUGGCCCUCAGACUGGACCUGAUAGAGGCCAGAGUGCAGGUGUGGUUCCAAAACCGCAGGGCUAAAAUGCGCAGACAGAUGAAGCUCCAGAGCCAGGCAGGAGAGCAGUGCGGCCGGCGCGACAGUGACGACAGACAGGUAGAUUCGUCCAGCAGAAGCACAGCUCCAGAGCUCCACAGCAGCAGCAGCCCAGGCUGGGACAGCAAACACCAGAAAGGAAGCCCCACUUGGUCCAAACCGUCCUCAUCAGCUAUCCACAGCCCCGUAAGCGACAUGCAUCAGCGGCCGAGAGAUCAGGAGGGGUCAGAGGAGCCCAGUCCAGAGGACUUCCGCUGCUGUAGCAUUGCCAAACUGAGGGCAAAGGCCAGGGACUAUGAGGCAGAGAUCCACAGCACUGUGGCCAAGGCCAGCAGAGAGAGGCAGAUGAAGACACAGUGGACAUUUCCAAAGCUAGUUUUCUCAAAUGUUAUUGGACUGACAGCUAGUGAACAAGAGGAGCUAAAAGAGGAAGCUCGUGGUGAUCUCAUCGAUGGCCAGCUCCUCUAUCAGCUAUCCUGUUACCCUGCGUGAAAACACAGGAUGUCUGCAAGCUGCCACAAGCCCUCCAUAAACACAAUAGGGACGGCUGAAAAAUUACUGCCUUUUUUGACAAAGGUGCUUUUUAAAGAUUGCAACACACUUUACAUAUGUACUUUUUUCCACAAUAG